ACUCUGCCGGUCUCUGUAGUCUGUAGACUGGUCCGGAAGAUGCCCCACAUUCACCUCGAUUCCCUCCAUGGCCUCCAUCCAGCAUGCCCUCUCUCUCUCUCUCUCUCUCUCACUCAUAUGGCACGUGCAAUGCACAUGUCUUGAGGGUGCGUGCGAAAUACGAAUAGCAUUCUGAUUCUGGGUUUGAACAGAGUACGUGUUUCCAUUUUUAAGGGUCCGCCCCCACGCACUCCAAAUCCAUCCUCCUAUAUAAAUCCUAGCUCCCAACCCCACAUUUUCAUCCUGCUUUUGGGUUUUCAUUCAACCUCGCUAAACACUUACUAAACCCACACUGCGAGCAAGAUACCCAAGUCACAACUAGAACCCAAGAAAUAAGUUUCCUUCGAUCGCUUUUCUCGGGUCAAUUGUGAUCAGCCAAGACGGGUCUGCCUCUGUGGAUGCUGGGUUUGGGUGCGCACCGCCUGCGAGCCGACAUGAAUCGCUUGCUUGCCCAGCUCUUCCACCAGGGAGUGCUGGAUGAGCAGUUCUUGCAGCUGCAGCAGCUUCAGGACGAGUCCUCCCCAAACUUUGUCUCCGAAGUUCUGAACAUCUACUUCCAUGAGUCCGAGGAGCUUUUGAGAAACCUAAGAGGAUUGCUGACGGAUAGGGAGUUAUCGGACUACACGAGAAUGGGAAUCCAUGUGAACCAGUUCAUGGGGAGCAGCUCGAGCAUAGGUGCCAAACGAGUCAGGAAUGUGUGCGUCGCCUUUCGUGCCGCUUCCCAGCAGAACAACAGACCUGGGUGCUUGAGAGCCUUGGAGAUGCUGGAACAAGAAUACUGCUAUCUCAAGAACAAGUUGCACGAACUGUUCCAAAUCGAGCAGCAGCGAGUACUGGCGGCUGGAGUGAGGUACCCAGCACAGAAUUGAAAAGAGCAUGUCGAAAUAUGCAUGGUGACUAGCUUUUCCGGCUCAGCCCCAGCUUUAGUUUGCGCCAGAAAUAGAAGAGUACUGGAUGACCGUUUAUGUAUACAGAGAAUAGAGAAUCAGAGAUAGAACUUUGAAUCGAUGCUGAUGGACCUGUUACCUUUUAUGCAUCUUAAAUUAAUUAGUGUUGACUGUAAGGGUUUGUCCUUUAUAUUUUUUCGCUGUAACUUGAAUGCAAAAGCCAAAAGAUCGAGCUGUAUCCUGGCAGGCCAAUUCGAACUGCAAUUAUGAUUUAGACAUCAAUUUUUGAAGCUA